UGAUGGUGGUGGUGGUGGGAGUUUGGAGAUGCAUUGCAGUCGGCAACACAACGCACGCUUCGCGUUCUUCUUCUCCUCCUCAUCAUCAUCAUCCUCCUCUUCAACACGGUCAUUCAAGCGUGAGACAAGGUGGAGUUGGUUCGGUCUGGAGGGAGCCUGCAUUGAGGCGUCAUGCUGGACAGUGACAGAGGAAUGCCUCUGUCCCUGCUAAGCCGAGGCAUUGGCCUGCUCGUUCGGAAUGGCCAGGAGAAGGUGGAGGUGUACUUCGAGCCUCAGGACUAUUUGAACUGGCGGGUGACUGGAGGCCGGCAUCCCUCGUGCCGCUGCCCUUACUGGCCCACCGGUGGCCUGGCCAAAACCUACACCACUCGGAAGGGGCCCCUCCUCCUCUACUCCGAAGAGCUCGCCUACCCGGCGCAUCUCUACCAGGAGGAGGUUCGCCGUCACCAGCGGCGUGGCCACCAGCCCAGUCUCCCGCAGCCGGAGAGCUUCCUCCAGCAGGUCCAACCCCACCAGCAGGAGCAUCUGAAUCAGCAGGCCCUGCUGUACCAGCAAACGCAGCUCAACCAGAAAGCUCACCUUCAGCAAAGAGCGAGGGCGGCGCGGAGAAGGCCGGCACACCCGGACAGGAAUGCAGAUGCCGUCACCGCACAACUGAAAACCCUCAGCGACUUGACCGAUGCGAUCUUGAUAUAUGGAUGCAGACAGAUUGUGGGAGGCCAGCAUUGCCCGAGCAUUCAGUCCCUUCCGUCGGAGACGGCGAGCAGGAUUCGGCCGGGCUACUCCGCACGCCGCUACCUCUGCAACUGGUUUCACUCCUGGGAUGAAGCAUUGCUGCUCAAGCUCCACAAUUCGGGUCGGAUUUCAUACUCCACGCUGUACCGGGAGGGCAGGUGGAGCCCACGCGCCUUUAGAAGAGCUCACUAUGACCUUACUGCAGCGCCGCAGCCGUAUCAGCUCACAAGCAGCAUGCUGCAGGCACCCGGACAUACCCUGUUAUGCAGGACCGUUGCCAGCUAUGCGAGCGGCGAUGAAACGGAGGAGAAGCAGCAGGGUUCCGGCAAGCAGAUGACACUGCCGGACGGCGCCGGUGCCUCAAGUUUCCCUGACAGCGGCCAGUGCGGCGUUAUCGGCAAAUGCUUUGAUCAGUCCGCGAACGGACAUCGGCUUGAGCCUUCAUCUCAGGAUAGCAUCGUGAAGGAAACCAUAAGCAGGAUUGAUGCCCUAAAAUCCAGCAGGCUACCUCCUAUUGGUGCUCAUAUAUCACCCGCAGUGCGGGAGAGACCCCCACCACUUCACCGGACUCUCAUUGACACCUCUCAUCUCCGCAGCCCGGAGGAAAACAGAUCCUUCGCAUCAUUUUAUGGUGGCUCGCUCGCUGGAAACCGCAGGAAAUUUUCGGCGAAGGCUCUGGCUGUGGACAAACGAGACUCGGGAUAUGGAGAAGAGGACAGGGGGAUGUCGCGCUUUCCUGCUGUCACAGAGACGAUCUCGAAGGAACCGGCAAGAAAGCCACCAACGUCCGAUGGCGUGAAGCUGCCGCUCAUUACGAUGGAGCCUCCUGCCACUCCCCAGAAGCAACAGGCCGGGGAUAACACGGAGGGGGAGGCAGAGCAGAGGAAGGGACCUCCUCAACCACUGCUGCCGUCCAUCUCCCGGGGCAGGUCACCCACGACGGGGCAAGGCAUCGGCCCCGUUCAGGACCGCGUUGGUAGAACGUGGGGCUUAAUCAAACAGGGGGCCACGCGGGGGGGCGUCACACCGUUCGAGGCGGCCCGGGCAAAGCCAGCAACAGGCGGCGCCCGACACGGCCAAGUUGCCAGAGACGCUGGAGUGAAUAGAAUGGCACGAGCCGACCAAGGUGCCGUCACUUUCGUCAAGCCACAGCGGGAUCGUUCCCCGGAUCGUGGAGCGACCAAAGCUCAAGUUUCGUUGCCGCCUGGAGAUGAGCCUGUCUGUGCAGCUAAAGAGAGAGAUGGAGCACCAGGUGUUCACUGGGGUGAUGCGGUCGUUGCCAGCAGCUCAGGACAACCGGUCAGGCGAGCGACGGAUGUGGAGGGACCUUCAGUUGUUGGCCAGAUGGCUGCAGGUGAAAGCUCUCAAUAUGAGUGGCAGCUUCUUGGGAAAAAGGGGCCCGGCAGCCAUGACAGUGCGAGAAGCAACAAGGGAGGCAAGGGUGCACAAGACAUGGGCAUCAAGGGCGACAAGGCCGGCAGAGACAUCGUCAUCAACCCAGAGGACAUAGAGGUAGCACAAACUGUAGACGUCGACCUCGAGUUUCCCCCAGUGGCCACCGGGGUUAACGUGGGUGCCGGCGAGGUUAGCGGCGCCAAGGCCGAACGGGGCGGUGCUAAGCCUGGCGGUGCCGCCGCCGCUUCUGGGGCAGCAGGCGCGAGGACCGGGGGUGGCGGCAUGAAGCCCGGCGACGCGGCCGAGGGCAGCGGCGUGAAGGCCGGAGCCUGCAGCAUCACGUUUGAGGGCGGCACCGAGGGAUCGGGCAACAGUUCGAGCAACAAGCUCAACGGCGGAGUCACUAAAGGCGUCCCCAAGGCCUCGGGCGGCAACGCGAAGGCCGCAGGUGGCGAAGGGACGACCGUAGUGAAAGGGAAUUUACCCGAAGAGCUGAGAGCCACACACACGGGAGGAGACUUCAUGGGCAGUGCUGUCCUGGGUCCCGACGGGGAAAUCAUCAAACUAUCUUUGGUGAGAGCCGCCUAUUACAUCGACGCGAAAGGGCAAGACGGCGCUGGAGAUGUGCUCGUGUUCAACGUGAGCGUGGAGCACAACGCUGCGGCACACGAGCGGCAGUGGAACGCGCUCCUGGGGACCUCGCAGCGGAGAGGAGGAGACGAAGAUGUGAGGUCAGUCGAGUCUGGGGUGAUGGAAGACGAGGAUUACCAAGACCUUCCCGUUUCCAACAAACAGAGCCCACGUGACAUUGACACUGAUAAAGACACAAAAACUGAGAAGGGGACCACUGCUUUUUCUGCUGUUUCCCAGGGAGCUGCAGACAGUGGAUUGUUUGUUACAAGUCCCGUGACAAUGUCUGAACUGACGGAACCUGGCACGGGCAUGGCUUUGCCUCCGGCGUCAGAAUCGAUGGUCAAGGUGGAGUUCGACACGUGGAGCCGCGAGCUCAACUCAUCGCCGAGUCCCAACGAGACCAUUAUUGUAGAGGACGGCCGCACCGGACGGCGGAUCGUCAGGUCGCAGCAGACGCCAACGCAGAUGGGACCUCCAAGCAGGAGCAAAACGUCCGUCUCCAUCAUCCUACCCUCCCAGGGUAUGGAUGAUCCAGAAUCAUUCCGUUCUGAUGAAGACAGCUCAAGUGUGCUCUCAAAUGCAUUUAAAGACUCAAAGGAACAGCAUAUGAAUAAUCACGUGUCUGAGACCAGCCAGAACCAUGAGAGAUCAGCACAAGAAACUGGAAAGAACAAGGCCGUUGUGUCGAAGAAAGGUAAACGCCCCGAGGCAAGGGACGACAAGGACAGGCGGUCGGCAAAGCGCUCUGUCGAGACGCGGGAGCGCGCGUCCGUGCGGGAGGGUUCGACGGGGGAGAUGAGCCACACCGUGGCGAGGCGGCCAUCCAGCAACGACCCGGACGACGCGUGGGAAGACAGCGUGGGUGAUAACGCAGAGGCACCCUCGAGAGCUGAAACGAGAAUCGCAAAAGAAACGAAAACUAAAAAGUCCGAGGGCAGUACAAAAGUCAAAGUGAACGAAAAUGAACGGAGUGCUUUUGUUGUAGGCAAACCCAGGAAAACGAGGAAGAGCGAAGCGACGCAAAAAGGAGCCGAUGGGGAAAAAGCACCACCUUCGUCAAAAAAAGAAUCCGGUGGCGAGCAGAGGAGGAAGAAGUCAUCGCUGCGUUCCGCCGGGCCGCCGGCAAAGGACGGCAGCAGGGAAACGGACGAUCAGGACUCGGGGGGAGACGACGACUCUGCUUUCCAAGACGACGCGACUGAGCGGCAUCGCCAAGGAAGAAGGGGGAGCCAAGCGCAGGCCCGCAAACUGGGCAGCCAAACGUCAGAGGACCAAUUUGUUGAACCUGGCAAGGAGCCGGGGUCGGACGGGCGAUCGCCGGCCUUGUCGGAGCGCGAGGCUCGGCGGGCGGCGCAAGCGGAGCAACGGCGGCUGGAGGUCGAACGGCGGCGGCAGGAGAGCGAGUCGCAGCGGCUCCAUGAGCUGGAGCAGCAGGACAGGGAGGAGGUCAUGAGGGCGGAACUGGAGGAGGCACGGCUCCGGCGUGAAGAGGAGGCGAGGCAGAAGAAGCUGCAGCAGGAGCUGGAGCGACUCAAGGUGCAGGAGCUGGAGACGAAGCGGAUGGAGCGCGAGCAGGCUGAGCGAGAGCGUGAGCGCCGGCAGCAGGAGGAGCACCGUCGCAGGGUGCUCGAGAUCCAGCGCAGGAAGCAGGAGGAGGAGGCCCUGAAGAAAGCCGAGCAAGAGCGGCUGGAAAGAGAAGAGGCGGAGCGGCGAGCCGAGGAGGAGCUGAUGCUGUCGCAGAUGGACGAGUCGGAGCGGCUGGAGUACGAGCAACGGAGGCGGAAGGAGGAAGAGCAUAGGAGACUCGCGGAGGAGCAGAGACGCAGGGUGAUGGAGGAAGAGGCUCGUCUCGCCAUGGAGGAGGCGAUGCGACAAGCCCACUUUCUGGCCAAGCAGCAGGCGGAGCUGGAACGCCACCUCAUGUUCCACCGUGAGCUGUGGCUGGAGACGAGCGGGAUGGAGCAAACGCAGGACGUGUCUCGGCCGUGGGUCUACUCGUACUAUGAGCUCCUGCAGAUGCUGGGGCUGCAACGACCAGAGCUGGAAGCAGGGCAGCACGUUGACUGAGCCGCUAAAGGUCCCACCGACAGGGAAAUGUCAUAUCCUGGGUCUCACAGGCCGAAUGCCCGUCCAUGGUUUUAUUUCAUAUGACCCAUCGGUCACAUGGCCUACCAUUUCGAAACGGCCCGCAAACCAUAUGUAUCCAUUACUACAAGCAUCUUAUCGCACUAAUCCGGCACCAGAAGGGAAUAUCUUUGACCUCGAUACACCACCGUGUUUCUAAUUUUAGCAUCACACUCAGGAACUUCAUGAGUGUACAGGGUGGUCCAGAUGUCGUGACCCACACCGUGAGGAACCAUGGUGGCUAGGAGCUGUUGACUACCUCGCCUGGUAUACAGGAGUUCGUGGGUUCAAUCCCUGACCCUGAUGCCUGUAUAUUUGGAGUUUAGAUGUUCUCCCCGUGGUCGCGUGGCUUUUUAUUCAGGUCCUCUGGUUUUUCCCUCCACAUUUAGGUACAUGCAUUUCGAGUAUUUGGCUGCUAUACAUUUUCACGCAAUAAUUAACUUUGUUGAGCUAUCAUUUGGGGGCAUGUCGCUUCUGAAAAAGUUAUAUAGCUCAGUGGGCCUUACCUGGUAAAAUAAAAUAAGCAGUUUAAACAGAGCUGCUGUGUGGCCUGCCAAGUGAGUUUUGAUGUCCCAUUCCACACUUGGAUAGGAAAAUGUUCCCCCACCCCUGCCAUUGAAACGUGGUCACUAAUGGUUGCUCACUUUCACCAACUGCAGCUUCAGUGGUUCAACAAAUUUCAUCGAAUUGUCAAAUUGAGUUAACGUUCCAUGUGUACUCGAUAGGGUAACAGUCGAUUUUAAUAUAAAGCAUCACAGCACUUAAAUCUACAUAUGCGUUCAUUGCUAAUAGCCCAUAAAGCUAACAUACUGGCAUAUACAGUACAUGCAAUGUUAAUAAUUAGUAGUUGAAGCCAUUUUUAUAAAUAUAGGAUGUUCAUAUUUUGGGUUGCUUCACGAAGGUUGUAACUGCCAAAAAUGUUGCUUAGAACCUUUUUGGAGUACCUCAAGAAGGGUAAAGCUGUUUUGUAGCUUGUUUGCACUAAUAUAUUCUGAUUCAAAGCAAAUGCUGAAACAUAUUCUUAGUAUUUCCAAUCUACGGUGUUUUACUGCAUAGUGGUAUUCGUAGAUCAUUGUUGUCGGUAGAUUACCGAGUGAGCUCAUGUGGUGGAGCAUGAAAUAAAAGGGAGUGCCAGAGAUAUAAAUCCAUCUGAUAAGACUUGUACCGUAAGACUGGAAAAUCCAGGUACAAAGGGUGUACACAGUGCAGUUGUCAGUAAAGGUUGGAGUCCAUAACGGUUCUUUAGCGAGUCCACUUAAUUCUAGAUUUGAAGCUUUCGUGACUGCAAGGAUUCAUAUUCUUAGGUUUUUUCGGUAAAGUCACGUAGGUAAAAAAUUUUAAUUAAUAAAAGUAAAAUAAAAAUAAAAAUCACGACGUUUCGGAGGCAACACCUGAAGACGGAAGCUUGAUUUUUAUUUUUAUUUUACUUUUAUAAAUUUUUUACCUACGUGACUUUACCGAAAAAACCUAAGAAUAUGAGUCCACUUAAACUUCUCAUGGUGCUGGACAUGCAAGAAACAUUCUAAAAGAAGCACUCUGUUGUUGUAUGUCGUUGGCAUAUGAUAUAAAUGCUAUGUGGGGAGACGAAAUACAUGGAAAAUUACUUGGAGAAUUAGCGAAUAUGUAGAGUAGAUCCAAGAGGGAAUGUGGUAAGUGGCGCUGUUCAUGAAGCUAAAAUUGAUAGGAAACAAGCAAAGGUGGUUUCGGUCACGCAGAAAAGGAAGCGAUGAGUAGGUUGCAACAGGAAGUAGAAAUUGCUGGCAGUAGAGAGCAGGAUGGAUGAUAACAGCGAGGACAUGGAGGCGUUUAAGAGUCAGUGGGGCAAGCGCUGGAGAUGGAUAAGAAUGUAAAGGGGACAAAGGCAGACCUCAAACACUUGUGAUCGAUGCCAGCAAUGAGUUGGUGUUUUACCUAUCAGUAAACAAUCAUUUUGGCACAAACUCUAUGUUUUAAAAUAAUUACUGGAAUUUAGAAAUAUGCAUCCUAUUAUGAGAUUAUAACCGUACACAACUGUAUUAUUGCAGGUUUCUUUGUUGAUCCAAUUACAAAAUACACAGUAUACACAAAAUACACAGAAUUUUGUUUGGUAAUAAUUUAAAAAUCUAGAGAAAAAUUCAAUCAAUUAUUCUUUGCAAACUGUGCCAAGGGCAUGUUUCACCCAUCAAAUAUUUUUCAAUUGCAUAACGAUGUCCAAUUACAGGUGGGAGAUUCCUGCUGGCUUCUGUGAGCUGUUCUGACACAUGGGGCACACCGCUCGGGUGAGAUUUCCAAAUCGAUUAUUUAUCUGGCAUUAAGAUGGCUUAAUUGAAAUAAAUUUGGCGGGAAAAUUUGCAAAGCCUCCAGUCAUAAUGCUCCCCAGUGAAAUGUUUGAAAUUCUCAGCUAAAUUCAAAUACAUAUAAGAACAUGAAGACACAUGAACAUUGACCAAACAUUUUAUUUAAGUUGAAAAAAUUCACAG